UUAUUCCAUGAAAAUAUUUAUGAAAACUGAAUUGAAAGUUUUAGAUUCAAUGAUGUAAUAAAGGAAGUAGUGUUCUUGUAUUAUAUUGUACUUGUGUUUUUGAUUGAUUGUUUGUUUGUUAUUUUUUUUUUAAGGAGGAAAAGCCUCGAUGAGUUUUGUGGAAAGAUGCGUGAGUUACAUUGGUGAGAAUGCGGCCGAAUGCGUGAAAACUAAUUCGUUCUUGGCGUUGAAAAAGGAGGCUGUGAUUAAGCUCAUUUCCUCUGAUUAUCUUUGCUUGGAAGAGGAGGACGUUUGGAGGGCGGUCCUGAAUUGGGCCAAAUACCAGGCGGGGGUUACGCAACCAACAGCGCAUUGGACUGAAGAGGAAAGGGCGCGCGUCUGCCAGCAUCUGGCUACGGUCAUCAAUCACGUCAGAUUACUUCUCAUAGACAGCCAAGUGUUCGCUGAAGAGGUGGAGCCUACGGGGGCGGUUCCAAUGGAGCUCAGUUUGGAGCGGUAUCGACACGCGGCGCUGCCGAGCAAGUUUUCGGAGGGUGCCGAAGACCAAAGACUGAAGCCUCGCGUAUCUCCGCAUCUGUUUCCCGGCUCUUUGAUCUUGGGACAGGACAAGAGCCACUUCCAGAGAUUGCUCAACGCUUGGUUUUGUAAUACUAAACAGGCUUGGCGGUUGGUUUACAGGGCUAGCACGCACGGAUUCUCCGCGACGGCUUUCCACAGGCACUGCGAUGGAAUCUCCCCGACCUACGUUAUCCUACUAGGCGCAAGGGGCGAAAUCUGCGGCGGAUUCAGCGACGCCCCAUGGGGAAAACCUCCGGGUAAAAGUCAUUACGUGGCUUCAGAGAAAGCCUUCCUCUUCACCCUGUACAAUCACCAAGACGUGCCACCCACCCAAUUCCACAUCAAGAAGAAACCGUUCGCCAUCUGUUAUCAUCCCGAUUCUGGUCCGAUCUUUGGAGCAGGAGCCGAUCUUCUCAUCUCAAGCAAUUGCAACAACAACGUGGACAGUUACUCCAACAUGCCGCACACUUACGACGGCGAAGGCGCUUCUCCUGCAGUUCUUAUGGGAGACUACAACUUUACCGUCGUUGAUUACGAAGUCUUCACUCCGCUCAACACGGGCAACGUUAGGAACCACAAAAACGAACGAUAUUCCUGAGCUUUCCCGCAUAUAUAAUAUAUAUACAAUACAUAAAUAGUAACAAAUUCCUUAUAUAUUAUACAAAUAAAAUGAUAU